AUGGCUCCUACAAAACAAUUAACUACACAACAAAGAGAAAGCAUAAUGCAGAAGCUACUGUCUGCAUUAAAUAAGAAGGGCAAACCAGCACUAGGCACAAUCAACGCACUUGCGAUUGAGUUUGAGGUUUGUAGGAAAACAAUUACACGAUUGUGGAAUGAUGUCAAGAAGCAGAUGACAACCAAGACCACAAUCAUUAACCUCAACAGCAAGAGAUGGGGGAAAGAAGCAGCAAACAAAAUAAAGUUUGAUGAAGAAAAAUUUAAGGCAAUCAAAUAUGAACUCAAGGGUACACAGCAUUCAGUAGCAAAGCAAAUGGAAGUGUCACAAUCAACGGUGUGUAGGUGGAAGAGGAACAAAGUAAUAAGAAGGCACACAAACGCAAUCAAACCAGCUUUGAAUGAAAACAACAAGUUACACAGGUUAAGCUUUGCAUUAUCUAAAUGUGAAUACAAUGAACAAAAUGAUCAGUUCAAGUUUAAGCCAUUUACUAACGUUGUUCACAUAGAUGAAAAACAUUUCUAUCUAACCCGAGAGACACAAAGUUAUUAUCUAGCUCCGGGUGAAGUAGAACCACAUAGAGAAUGUCAAUCAAAAAGGUUCAUACCAAAAAUAACGUUUAUGUGUGCUGUAACAAAGCCUAUAUUUACAACUGAAGGUGAUGAGCCAGCAAAAAGAAGCUCAAAGAACAGGAAAAGGGGGGAGAUGGAAACUAAGCCAAUACAGUCAAUCACAAAAGAGCACAUUAGAGAAAUGCUUAUCACUAAUGUGCUGCCAACCAUUAGGGCAAAAUGGCCUGCUGAAUUAUCCAAGCGUAUUUACAUUCAACAAGACAAUGCCAAACCUCAUAUAGCACACAAUGACAGAGGGUUUUUAGAAGAGGCAAUGAAAGAUGGAUUUAAUAUACAAUUAGUGCAACAACCUCCAAAUUCCCCUGACAUGAAUGUGCUAGAUUUAGGUUUUUUUAGAUCAAUUCAAGCUUUGCAAUAUCAAAAAUCAGUUUACAAUGUUAAAGAGUUGGUUAAGGCUGUGAAUAAUGCAUUUCAAAAUCUGAGUCCACAAUGUUUAAGGUUUGUUUUCAUAACUUUACAAGCUUGUAUGAUAGAGGUCAUGAAAAAACAGGGGGGGUUUGACUAUCACAUUCCUCACAUGAACAAAACAAAGGCAGCAAGGGAAGGGACUUUACCAGAUUACCUCACUAUUGACAAACAAUUGGUUGUGGAUUCACUUCAAUAUUUAUUCACAAAGCUAAGUAAUGAAAAAAUGAAUCAGCUUGUGGAAGUCAUUGGGUAUGCAGGGGGAUAUGAAGAAGGGGAUUUGAAUGAAGAAAUGUCAGAAGUAACCAACAACCAAAGUCAUCAAAUUUCAACAGUUGCAACAGCAACCUUCGUUUAA